AUGUUUAAGAGUCCUUUCGGUGCAAACGCCAAUCCAUUUGGCGGAGCUAGUGAUGGAGCGCCUGCUGGAGGCAAUGCCAUCCAUCGUGUUAUUGAAGAGGAGGAAACCGAUACCGUGACCUCCCCCACAUCACCCAACUUUGGAAUGAACGCUGGUACGACGUUCAGCGGGCCGUUUGGAGGCGAUGCCACGGACGAUGGUCCACUCUCUGCCCUUAGAAGCCCACCAAACCCCGAGAGCUAUCCUGCUCAGUAUAACUUUGGUCGCCGAACCUCUGUCUCUGCUGAGUCGCUCAAACCCAGUGCUGACACCUACGACAACUGGUCCCCCCCCGUUCACGAGAAAAGCAAGGACCAGCUGGGCCGUCUUCAGGCCGCCAUUGCGGGCAACUUCUUGUUCAGCCACCUAGACGAGGAGCAAAGUGCUCAAAUUCUGGGCGCCCUGAACGAGAAACCCAUUCCAGCCAAGGGCAUCAAGGUAAUUAGCCAAGGUGAUGCCGGUGACUUCUUUUACGUUGUCGAGAAGGGAUCUUUCGACGUAUAUGUCAAUAGCAGUGGUGCUUUGCAACCUGGCCCCGACGGUAUGGGCCAAAAAGUUGGGACCAUCCAGGCUGGAGGCUCGUUUGGUGAACUUGCACUGAUGUACAAUGCCCCUCGAGCUGCGACCGUCAUUUCUGCCGAGCCCGGUUGCACUCUUUGGGCGCUCGACAGGCUCACAUUCCGCCGGAUCCUGAUGGAGUCAACAUUUGCCCGCCGCCGGAUGUACGAAAGUUUCCUAGAGGAGGUGCCGUUGUUGCAGACCCUCACGCCAUAUGAGCGAUCAAAAAUUGCCGACGCGCUGGAGACUCAAAAAUAUGCCCCAGGAGAAACAGUCAUCAAGGAAGGCGACCCCGGUCAUUCUUUCUAUCUGCUUGAGAGCGGCGAGGCUGAUGCUUACAAGGGGGACACCGAGGAAGCUGUGAAGCACUACAGCAAGGGAGAUUUCUUCGGCGAGCUUGCCCUCUUGAAUGAUGCUCCUCGUGCCGCUAGCAUUGUUGCAACCACAGAGAUCAAGGUGGCAAGUCUUGGCAAGUCAGCCUUCCAGAGACUUCUCGGCCCUGUUGAGGGUAUCAUGAGACGGACAAAGUACGAAGGUGUAAAGACCGGCGUCGAGGAGAUGGAUCCGCUUCAAGCGGCCUAG